AUGUCGUUGCCAUGGCUGGUGGUGGCCGUCCAGAGUCGGGAGGCCAGACACAUUACACACCUCAAAGAACUCGGGGAGGCAGGAGGGGGCUACUCGGUUCGGGAGUACAGCGUCUGUAGAGCUGCACGCAACAACAACGUAACCACCACCUCGCCGAAGGUGAUCAUUGGCAGAGCACGCAACUACAUCAAUCAUCUAGCCAAAUGCGAACAUAACGGGAUUGCUACUGCGGAGCAAUUGGAGCAAGUGUCACUUCAGGCACAGCAAGAGAAGUGGAAGGUUGGAGUGAUUAUUACCGACAGUGCGGGGCACCGCACCUUGUUCAUCAAGAAAAACUGA